CUCUCUUUCAGCACCAACACACGAACGACCGACUUAACUCAGCCUGCCUACCGCCACCUCGAAGCCCCUUACAGCUCCAGCUUGCAUGCCUCCCCCCCGCCCAAACUGGACUCCAUACCUUACGGCUGUCCCAAGGAGAACUGUUCUUCCACGCCGUAUGUACUCUUACUAUUGCGGAGUCAGACUUCAAGAGCAUAAACAGGCAAGAACUGCUGCAUCGGAGAAGUUUUUGCCCCCAGUUUUUGCCCUGCAGCGGGGCAGGACAGCAAGAAUAGGCCGGGAGGGGAGGGUGCAAAAGAAAAAAGCGACCGUAUGAUGUGGAUCUGGUACCUUCUGCUUGGUUCGGGGUCAGGCUCAAGAACUGUUGAGAGCCAGCUGCUUCCGGGGAAUAACUUCACCACAGAGUGCAACAUCCCUGGAAACUUUAUGUGUGGAGAUGGCAAGUGUGUCCCAGGAGGGUGGCAGUGUGAUGGACUACCUGACUGUUUUGACAAAAGUGAUGAGAAAGGCUGUCCUAAGGUCAAGUCAAAGUGUCCUCCUACGUUCUUCACCUGCGCUAACGGGGUCCACUGCAUCAUUGGACGCUUCCGCUGCAACGGCUUCAACGACUGUCCCGACGAGAGUGACGAGGAAAACUGCACGGGGAACCCCUUGGUGUGUUCAGAGGCUCGUUUUAAGUGUCGAAAUGGCCGUUGUGUGGACCGCAGCUUCUUAUGUAAUGGCGAGAACAACUGUCAGGACAACAGUGAUGAGGAGAUUUGCUUGACUACAGCAGAAGCUCCUGGCCAGGACUUUGUGACGCUGGACUAUCGCCUGCGCCACUACCCUAGUAUCACCUAUGCAGUCAUCGGCAGCACCGUCAUCUUUGUCCUUGUGGUGGCCUUGCUGGCUUUGGUCCUCCAUCAUCAGAGAAAACGCAGCGUCCUCCUGCCCAGAGGUGUAAGAGGAAGCUCACACACACACCACCAUCACCAACCCCUGCUGCUGUCCCGUCUGGUCAUCUUGGACCGAGGCCACAUACACCCUGGAGGUCCGGGACUCUCCCCUGGCUCACCCACCACAGCAGGCCAAUACAGCUCAACACCUCAAGCUCUCCAGCUACUGUCUGGGGCCCUGUAUCCCUCAGGACAUUCCAUGGAUUCACCUCCAUCAUACUCACAAGCUGUUCUGGAUGUCAGUCGACCUCCCUGGUUCGAUCUCCCUCCUCCCCCUUACCUCCAAGAUGGAGAACUUCCUUCGGAGGGAGAGCUUCCUCAAUACGAGGACCCACAAGACCCUGCGAGCCACCCUACAGCUCAUCCCUGCACCCCAUCAACACCCAGAACUGUGGCUGCAGGCAUGCAGCUGAGCAAUAGCACCGAGGAGGAGUCGGACCAGCUGUAGCUACACUAGUGAAGACUGAUGGUAUUUAGAGAUUGCAUCACUCAAGGACCAGGCUGUAGGACAGUCCACAGCAAAGACCUGCUUGAGGUGAGGUCAACAAGGAGUGACAGGCUGAACAGUGUCCUCAGCUCACUGCUGAUAUAUCAGCUCACUGAAGAACAGCUCUCUCUGGUAGACUGAGCUUGUGUGUUGGCUCCCCCUGCUGGGAUCAUGGCUGUACUGGUUCAGUUCAGUUAAAUUAUACUCUCCCAUGAAGAAUUACUGUAUAUUUUACUUACCAGUGACCACAAACUGUAUCUCUAAAAAAGUAGAAGCUAUUUCAUCAACAUAUUCAUUAACAUGUAAUGUUGAGUGUGAGUGGUGAUAUUUGUCUUUGUGUGUGUCACUCGUCUACAGCACUUGGAGAGCUAAAUCAAAGUCAUGCAGCACUUUGUAACACUCCCCACUCACUUUUGGAUUUCACAUCUACAAAAUCUGGGACUUUUGCUUUAUUUGUAAAAUACUAAAAUAAUAGAUUAAAUCUAUACUGUUGAGAAUUAGAGCUACAAGAUUUCAGAGACUUAACAGAAACCCAAGUAGCUGUGGCAAACAGGAGCAGCUCAGUGAGAGAGUUUUUAUCUGUUUUCAGUGCUGAUGUGAAAAAAGAACUAAUAAUGUAGCUAGUCAUAAAUAUUAACAGUUGCAGCUUCUUUAAUAGAACUUUAUAGAUAUUUGUAAAAGAUGAGUGGAGGUUGUUUCUUUUCAGUAUUUUUUUUGUCAUUUGGUUAAAUUCCAGAUAAAAUGUGAAAUGGACCACUUAGAUUUUAGAAUAGAAUAGAAUGCCUUUAUUGUCAUUAUACAGGAUGUACAAUGAGAUUUUAUGAAAGAGUUAGAUGUUAUAUCGGUUAUAUAAGUUAUAUAAUCAGAGUAAAUGAUUCCUCUAAGCCAGGGGUGCCCAAACAUGCGGCCCACAGGCCGCUUCCGGCCCCGCCCCCUUCUGGUCCACGAAU